AUAUGUCUGCGUCUACAACAUUUGAAAGCAAACUUUUGUCUCUUUUUAACUCUCUUAACUUUCGUUUCUUCUCCUACCUUCUUUUACCAACCUUUCCUUUCUCUUACACACAUAUAUAUAUACAUAUAUAGAGAGAGAGAAGAGGACAAAGAGUUGAAAGAUGAAGACUCUCAUGUCUUCAUAGAAACAAGUGAUAUGUGCGCUAAGAAAGAAGAAGAAGAAGAAGAAGAAGAAGACAGUUCUGAAGCCAUGAACAACAUACAAAAUUACCAAAAUGACCUCUUCUUUCACCAACUCAUCUCUCAUCAUCACCAUCAUCAUCAUGAUCCUUCUCAAUCUGAAACUUUGGGAGCAUCCGGUAACGUUGGAUCUGGUUUCACUAUCUUCUCUCAAGAUUCCGUCUCUCCAAUAUGGUCUCUACCUCCACCUACCUCGAUCCAACCACCAUUUGAUCAGUUUCCUCCUCCUUCUUCUUCUCCAGCAUCUUUCUACGGAAGUUUCUUCAACAGAAGUCGAGCUCAUCAUCAGGGAUUACAGUUUGGGUACGAGGGUUUUGGUGGAGCCACGUCAGCAGCACAUCAUCAUCAUGAACAACUUCGGAUCUUGUCGGAAGCUUUAGGUCCGGUAGUACAAGCCGGGUCCGGUCCUUUUGGGUUACAAGCUGAGUUAGGGAAGAUGACAGCACAAGAGAUCAUGGACGCUAAAGCUUUGGCUGCUUCAAAGAGUCAUAGUGAAGCUGAGAGAAGAAGAAGAGAGAGAAUCAAUAAUCAUCUCGCUAAGCUCCGUAGCAUAUUACCCAACACCACCAAAACGGAUAAAGCGUCGUUACUAGCUGAAGUGAUCCAACAUGUGAAAGAGUUGAAGAGAGAGACUUCAGUGAUCUCAGAGACAAAUCUUGUCCCAACGGAAAGCGAUGAGUUAACGGUAGCUUUCACGGAGGAGGAAGAAACCGGAGAUGGCAGAUUUGUAAUUAAAGCGUCGCUUUGCUGUGAAGACAGGUCGGAUCUCUUGCCUGACAUGAUUAAAACAUUGAAAGCUAUGCGUCUCAAAACGCUCAAGGCGGAGAUAACCACCGUUGGGGGACGAGUCAAGAACGUUUUGUUUGUUACCGGAGAAGAGAGCUCCGGUGAGGAAGUGGAGGAAGAGUACUGUAUAGGGACGAUUGAGGAAGCUUUGAAAGCGGUGAUGGAGAAGAGCAAUGUAGAGGAAUCAUCUUCUUCUGGAAAUGCUAAGAGACAGAGAAUGAGUAGUCACAACACUAUCACUAUCGUCGAACAACAACAACAAUAUAAUCAGAGGUAAUCAAUUUUUUACUUAAAUCGCUUUUUUUUUCUUACUUUCGGUGUAUCUACUACGUGUGUUGUUUGCUGGUUAUGGAAAUGAAUGUUGUACGUCACGUUAUACUAUAGAUAUAUGUGUGUUUGUGUGUAUGUAUAACGGAAGUAUUUGUAUCCGUUGUGGUCUUGGACUUUUGGUUUGGUUCUAAGAUACUUAUUUUUAAAAACUUGUAUCGUUGAGUUGGUUUUCUAGAUAUGCUUAAUGGGAGUAUGUGACGAAAAAAAAGUAUGAUUUCUGUAAGGCAAUGCAUGGGUUUGGAAAAUUCGUUUUCUCUUGUCAUGUGGGAGGAUUUGAAUUUAAUUUUGGCUUAUUUUUGCAAUUGUGUGAAUGAGACCAAAAAGAGACAAUGAAGAAGAACAGGAAACGUACCAAAGAUGAUGUGUAUCAUUAAUUGAUUUAGUCGGGUUCUGUCCGGGGGAAAAACAAAAAGAGACAAAUUUGGGAUUCUGAGCUUCGUACGUUGAUGCUUCUCUGACUCUUUUGCCUUGUGUAUUUAUGUGUUCUGUAGAAUCUUUUUCGUGUAACGAUUUACAUAUAUUCAAAUAUUUUGCUUUAUAUAAAUUUGCAUCAUGGACUGGUAUGAGGUAAACAUCGGGACCAAGACUAAGAUAUAAAG